GCCUCUUCGCGCCGCUGCUGGGCUGCGGGGCGCUGCUGGUGGACGGCACCGCGGCCUCCUGCUACGCGCUGCCCACGCUCAUCGCGGAGUCCGGCGGCUUUCAGAGACUUCUGGGGCUGGUGGGCUGGAGGAACCUGCAAUCCUUGGCACAGCUCUGCUUUUCGCCUGUGCGGGCGGCGCACUUCUUGGCAGGUGCAACAUGCAAAUCGGAGGAGAAGGUUUUGGCAAAGAAUCAGCCAGCAAGCAUUUCCGGAGUAUAUCACCCGUACGCCUGGGUCCUCUACGUGCUUGGAGCAAACCUUCUCUGA